GAGAGAGAGAGAGAGAGAGAGUGUAAGGGGAGGGAGAGAUAUAUGGAUAAAUAUGAGAACCUGGGCCAGGUCGGAGAAGGGAGUUACGGCGUGGUGAUGAAGUGCAGACACAAGGAGACCGGACGCAUCGUUGCUGUGAAGAAGUUUCUGGACACCGAGGAGGACCUGGCCGUGAGGAAGAUAGCCCUGCGCGAGAUCAGGAUGCUGAAGCAACUGCAGCAUGUGAACCUGGUGAGGCUGCUGGGGGUGUUCCGGAGGAGGCGCAGAGUGUUCCUGGUGUUUGAGUUUGUGGAGAGGAACCUUCUGGAAGAGCUGGAGCAGAACCCGUGUGGUCUGGGUCAGGAGAGGGCCCGGCGCUACCUCUACCAGACCCUCCGAGCCCUGUGUUUCUGCCAUCAGCACCAUAUCCUGCACAGGGAUGUGAAGCCAGAGAACCUGCUGGUGUCCGAGGGGGGCGUGGUGAAGCUGUGUGACUUUGGCUUCGCCCGCACGCUGGCAGAGGGGGCGGAGUACACGGAGUACGUGGCCACGCGCUGGUACCGCCCCCCCGAGCUGCUGGUGGGGGACACCCUGUACGGCAAGCCGGUAGAUGUGUGGGCAGCAGGGUGUGUGUGUGUGGAGAUGCUGACAGGAGAGCCUCUGUUCCCUGGAGACUCUGAUAUAGACCAGCUCUACCACAUCAUCAGGUGCUUCGGAAACCUGACCCCCCGUCACCAGGAGGUGUUCCAUCAGAACCCUGUGUUCUCUGGUCUGGUUCUGCCCCAAGUCCCCCCAGUUCCCCUUGCCUCCCACACUCCUCUGCAGCUACGCUACCCUGCCCUCCCCUGGCAGGCUGUGGACCUCACCCAGAAGUGUCUCCAGAUGGACCCUGACAGCAGGUCUUCGUGUUCAGACCUCAUGCUGCACCAGCUGUUCACCUCCGACCAGCUGCACCUACGGCUGGAGGAGGAGCUGAAUAUGAUUCCUCAGAAGGAGAACAGAAAGAGCAGGAGAGAGGAGGGAGACAACAGCAAGGUCACAGGGAGAGACUCUGAUCCUUCUGGAAGCUCCUCUACCACAAACCCUGAACACUCAGAGACCAGAACCAGCCCUGACGUGACUGCUAACACAACCGUCAUGACCGCAAACACGACUAAGACAACCACAGCAAACACGACCACAGCAGCGAAACCCUGUAAAGCCAUCUUGACCUCACAACCAGGAAGAGACUCUGACCACAUGACCACAAGCAGCAUGACCACAAGCAGCAUGACCACAAGCAGCAUGACCACAAGCAGCAUGACCACAACCAGCAUGACCACAACCAGCAUGACCACAACCAAUAAACCUGACAGAAUCCCCGAGGGUAGGAACAACCUUGACCACACAACCACAACCAUGAUGACAAACACCUCGACCACGGAGCCGACACGGAGCCGACACCCUGACCGUAACAUGACCACAACCAUGGACACCAGUAUGUCUAACAUGACAACAAUCAUAGAACCAAAGAGACACAUCGACCACAAAGAUACUAAGACCACAACCACAGAUCCCAGAAUAGACCCGACCACAACCAGACCGGGGGAAACAGACCGCACCACCUGUGACCGUGUGGUUACGGUCAGCACCCUGCCCCCCGCCCCCACCCCCUCCCUCUCACACACUUCUCUCACUCCUGUCGUCAACGGCAACAGCCCGUUCACCCACAGCAACUCUGGCCUGGGGGCGUGGCCUCACCUGGGAACCCUCAGCCUCAGGUCUAUUGACAAGACUAAGAGACACAUAAACCCCUUCAGCAGGAUCUCCCUGCAGUGUCUCUCCACACACUCUACUGCUAGUACACAGGCAGUCUCUGAGCGGUCGUUUCUUUCGGACCGUGACCGUGGUGACCGUGGUGACCGUGGGGUUGCUAUGGUGAGGAAAAGAGCGGAGGUCAGCAGGUCAGAGUUUCGCUUUCCAGAACUGAGGACCCCCCUACUGUCUGAGGGUAAACAUCCCAAAGGAACCAGCAAGAACCUGAAGAAGGACGUUCGCAUUCCAGCCAUCACCACAACAACGACGGACACACACACCAACACACACGCUCUCCAACGCACACACACCACUCUGGACGCACACGGCAAAACACAUACCUUCCAACGCUCACACACACAGAUGGACACACACACUCACGGUUAGGCCUGA